AAGCUGAACAACUCACUCCCUCUCAUUCACUGCGCAAGAGAGGACUGCUCAAAGCAGACGGUCUGGGAACUCGACUUUCCCAGACCACGGAGACCACCGCCAGAGAAGUGCAACUGCAAUGACUAACAUACUACUACUUUCCGUUGUUUUGCUACAGUUUCUUCAACAAGGGAGCAUGAGCAAAUUACCUGGAGUUGAGCAAUAUGAAAUAGUUUAUCCACGGAAAUUGCACACAGUACACAAAAGAGAUGUAGAAAGAAACAAAGAGACAAAAUACGAUGACACAAUGGAGUAUGGAAUCAAAGCCAAUGGAGAGGAAGUCAUACUGCACCUACAAAAAAAUAAGCAUCUAUUAGCUAAAGACUAUACUGAAACAGUUUAUUCUGAUGACGGUCGACAAAUAACAACAAGUCCUCAGAUCAAGGAUCACUGUUAUUAUGAAGGUUACAUUCAGAACGAUGCUGAUUCCAUAGCAAGCAUCAGUACUUGCAAAGGUCUAAGUGGAUAUUUUGAGACUCGUGGUCAGAAGUACCUCAUUGAACCCCUGGGAACUUCAGACAGAGACGAACAUGCGGUCUAUAAAUAUGAGAAACUCGAACAAAAGUCCAUAAAAACCUGUGGUCUAAUCAAUAAUACCUGGGAAGAGGAUUCAAAUGACCCCAUCAAUGACAUCUUCAAAUCCAGCAACAGUCCAGAAAUGCAAGCAUACCUGAAAGCCAAAAAGUAUCUGGAAGUUUACAUAGUUGCAGACAAUACUUUGUACAAGAAGUAUGAAAAAGAUGUUAAAACCGUAAGACAAAGGAUAUUUGGAAUAGUCAAUUACAUCAACACGGUUUAUAAGGCCAUAAAUAUCUACGUGGCUUUAAUUGGCCUGGAAAUCUGGACAGACGGUGAUAAAUGCCUCCUGAGUCACGCUGCAGGAUUCACUCUGGACAGUUUCUCAAAGUGGCGUCUAUCAGAUUUAUUAAAGAGGAAAAGAAACGAUAAUGCUCAGCUAAUCACAGGCUAUGACUUUGAGGGGACAACGAUUGGAUUAGCCUUUCUAAAAUCCAUAUGCAGUGAUAUAUACUCUGCAGGUAUUAUUCAGGAUCAUAACAGAAAUGAAAUUGCAGUUGCAGCUACGAUGGCACACGAGAUGGGACACAACCUUGGCAUGAGUCACGACACCAGUGCCUGCACGUGUAGUGCUAAAGUUUGCAUCAUGACAGACACCGUCAGUUCGAUCAUCCCCAAGAAAUUCAGUUCUUGCAGCCUCCAAAGUUUUGAGAAAUACAUGUUGAGUGACAUGCCAAAAUGCUUAACUAACGUCCCAGAUAUAAGCAGCAUCAUAGCACCUCCAUCCUGCGGAAAUGGCUUUGUGGAAAAAGGAGAGGAAUGCGACUGCGGUACUCCCGAGGAGUGCACAAACAACUGCUGCGACCCAGAGACGUGCAAACUGAGAGCAGGUUCCAUGUGUGCACACGGAGAGUGCUGUGAAAAUUGCCAAUAUAAGAAGUCAGGAGCUGUUUGCCGAGCAGUUAAGCACGACUGCGACCUGGCUGAGAUGUGCACCGGCUUUUCUGCAAAGUGCCCAGCGGAUCGAUUCCGUGUGAACGGACAUCCCUGCAACUACGGCGAAGGCUAUUGCUACAUGGGAAACUGUCCCACCCGAGAAAACCAGUGCAAAGCUGCUUUCGGACCACAGGCUACUGACGGCGCAGCUUCCUGUUACCGGAUGAACGAGAAAGGGGUAUAUUAUGGAUACUGCAGAAAAGAAAAAGGUAGUCACGUCCCGUGUAAAAAAAAAGACGUCAUGUGUGGAAAGUUGUUCUGUACUGGGGGGGCAGAGAUGCCUCGGGAUGGGAGUCUGGUGACUUUUGAGUCCUGCAAAGCAAGUUUUCCUAGAAACGGAGAAGCAGAUGCAGGGAUGAUUCUAGAUGGAACGAAGUGCGGGAAUGGGAUGGUGUGCAGCAAUGGAGAAUGUGUUUAUGCUGAAGAUAUCUUUAGAUCAACCAACUGCUCUGCCAAGUGUAGCGGACAUGCUGUGUGUGACCAUGAGUUGCAAUGCCAGUGUGAAGAAGGAUGGGCCCCACCAACCUGCGGCAGCUCCUCAGCAGUUACCAGCGUCGCUAUUGUUGCCGGUGUGCUGAUUGUCCUUGCUGUCACAACAAUUGCAGCAGUGUUACUUAGCCGCUUCCGAGUACUCAGGAAGAGCUGCCAGACCAGAAGGGGACCUGGAGCCACAAACCAAGUCUUUGUGGAUCAAGAAGAAAGAUGCAGAGAACACCCUGUCCUGGAGGUACCUGCCCAGAAGAUGAACGAUAAGAAACUUCUCCUUCCCGUACCCCCGCUGCAGGAGAACAAACCACAGCUCCGGAGUCCCGUCAUAAGGCCAAAAGGUCCUCCACCUCCUGUUCCUUCUACCAAACCAACCCCUUCUCACCCAGAAGAGAUUUUUGCACCAGAGAGAAAACCUGCUCAUCUCCCAGUUCCCAAAGGCAAACCUCCACCUCCACCAAAGGCUCUAAAACCUCCAAUUAAUCCCAGAGUAUGAAGCUUCUGAAGAAGGGCUGAUUAAGAUACCUGAAAUUUUCAGGGACAAUUUGCUUGUCCCUUGAUUCCUCCACUUUUGGCAAAGGCAACCAAGAUAGUCUUCCUGUUCUCUUUAAAAAAGGAACAACUGACUGCUAGCUGCUUUGAAAGAAAAAGUUUGGUUUUCAGACAGCGAGAAACUCUUUGGUGAUGACAUCAAGCUACUGUCCAAAAGGAAACGAAGCAGAAUCACGGCUUGCACUGAGGUGUAGACUGGGAGUAAGUUAUGAAAGCUGCUCAAGACAUCCUAACUCCUAGGCCAGCACCGCCAGAUGUGGCUGCACUGGGACGCCCUGCAUCUGCACUGCUUUUGGGGUACAGACCUGAGAAGAUCAGCGAAAGUACAGCUACUAAAUAUGUAAAUUGUAAACUUUUUGCUACAUUUCUGGAUCUCUUCAGCAACAGAGUAGAUCUCCUACAUGUGCAAGUUGCAAGUUCUGGAGAAGCAAAAAACCUUCCUGCCCUUUGGAGAAAAGUUUGUGUCCUUAAGGCCUGACCCAGCCUUGGAAUAGUAAGAUUACACACUGGAAACACACUUAUUCUAGAAAGAUCCUUUUGGAUCAGAUUCUCUCAUGAAUGCUUAGAUUACCUCUUACACAAGAUUCCUCUGUUGUGUAGGUAGAACUGGAGGUACUCUCAAAAGCAAAGCACGCAGGAGUCAAGCCACUUGCUGCCUGCAAGUGCUCCCAGAGCUGAGGCGGUGCCAGUUUAAAAAGAGCUCCAGCUGCCACCAUUGAACUUGGACAGAAAAACUCAGAAAAGCACAGUCAACAAAAUCCUUAAUCAUUUAUUUCAUUUGCCCCUCAGCUCCAGAAAUAUCAGAGUAUUUCUCCCUUCCAGGAUAUACACACCUUGGUGUUUGUGUUUAAUUGCUCUUGCACCGGGGUGUGUUAUUGUAAAGUUGCUAAUGAGAACUAGGCUGGGCACAGGGGUUUGUUAUUGUGGGACAGCAUCACAGCGCGAGGCUUUGCACACUGGGUUAUUACUGAGGGGUUCUUCAUUCGUUCUGGCCUGUUGGCAUCAGCACUGUUGACACUAUUGGCCUGCUGGCAUGGAUCUGCACGAUGCUGUUGGCAUUGAUGUUAAUAAUACUGCGAGGGUGCUGGCACCGAUGCUAUUGUUACUGUUGGCACUGAGAUUAUUCAUGUGGUUGGCAUCAAUAUUUUUAAGUUAAAGCACACAGAAAUGUUUUUCAAGGAACAAAAAUUUUACCAGGAAAAAAAAAAAAAAAAAGGAGAGAGAAACAAAAUUGCCCUGGACCCAAAGUACUCAAGAUUUUAUAGAGGUUCCAGUUUGAACUGGAUUUGGGUUUGGAUCAGGAUCAAAAUCAGAGCACACAUCCAAAUCGAUUACACUGGGGCUCAGGAAGGCAGUUUCCAGCCCUUGGGCAUAGUGGCUUUGCUAGAGAAGACCACAUGGCUGCCAAACUGCCAAAACACGAUCUGGGCCCUCGGGCCAGCACUGUGCACACUCACCUUUACCUGUACUUAGUUCUGCCCAGGGCCUGUUAGGGCUUUUUUAAGCCCGAUCCUCAAAGGGCUGGAAACCUUCUAUACAAGUUUGUGAACCAGCUCACACCUGCUGAAAACCUGAUCCACGUAAUCCUGUUCGGAUACUGAGCACAUAACUGUACAGUUACUUUUCCAAUGCACAGCCUUGUUAUUUACAGUGACCGUUACUGCAGCUGCACACUGCAGAUCCAUCGUCUCUGAUACAGAAAUACGUAUAAAAAACCAUUUCUCCUUUUGGGCUAGGCUUGCUUUGAGGUUGCCAAUCAAGUACUGUAUGCUCUGCAAAACACAGAUGUGAUGAAAUUACGGUUUGAGGAAUGAGGUGGGGUUUUUGUUUUAGAAUAGAUUUUGUUGGAAGAUAAUUGCUUUCUUCCGCUUUGGAUAAUUACUUCUUUAUUUGAGUCAGAAAUGGAUUUUAAUCUAUCUGUAUUUGACUACGGUGUAAAGAUUCAGAACUUAUUUUUUAUGAACUGUAAUUAAUGUAUUUACAAAGAUUUCUGUAUUAGAAGUAUUCCAUAUAAACUGGAGAUAGUUGUUUUGUUUUUUAAAGAUCAUCAUUUGCACCUGAAACACAUGACAAUAGUGUAAAGUAGGAUGAUUUAUAACAUUGCCAAAUCCCUAAACAUUGGGACCAAAAAAAGAUCAUUCACAUGUAUUGCCAAACCCUGCCAAGUUAGCCAGUAAAGCUGAAUUAAAUACUAUAAUAAGCGUCAACAAGAUACUACAUCACAACUUUUCUGCCACAUUAAGAUGUACUUCUUCAUGGUUUCCAACCUCUUCUACUUUGUGAGCACUCGAGAAUUUUCCAAGGAUAUAGAGAUUUGAAGCAAGCUAAAGUCUUGAGACUUUUCUUAAUUACCUUUUUAAGAUCCACCUCCCAAACCAUACAGCUUAGGCUUACUUUCUCCUGCAGAAAGCAGCACUCUGUCUGACCUGGAUGGGUUCAAACCUCCUUAAUAGCUGAACACAUUCAGUAAGCAAAGCCUGCACCCCAGCACCCCAGCAGGGUGCGAGUGCUGUGCUCAGACCAAGCAUCCAUCUUCAGCAGUCGCUUGCAGUAGAAACCUAAGAAAAAUAUGACAGAGCACACACCUAUAGCAGUUUGUGAUUUACAGCUUUUCACGGCCCCAGCAUCCAUAGGACAGGUGACAGUAUCUCCUGCCACGGAGAUGUGGACAACACGUUCUGUUGUUCCAGCCAGGCCUCGCACAAAAGGGCUCCUUUGUAGGUACAAUCUAUUGUUCCGUUAUGCAAACGUGACAUCUACCGUUAAAAAGCCUCUACUGCAAGAGGAAAGCGAACCCAAAAAAACCAAAGACAUCUUCAGCACUCCACUGUCAAGAGCCUGCAGUAUGUAACCCCACAGGACUGGUACAUCACCAGGAGCAUUUCUCUCUGCGGUCUCACGCUUUUCACCGAAUUGCAAUAGUUUGAUCCGGGUCCAGCUGUCCCCUUAUUCCUGGUGCAGGGUCCCUGCUCAGCACGAUUUGCCACUCACACACGGCAGAGCAGAGCAGCAAGCCCACCUGCUGGCAUCGGAUGGGAAGAUACCGAAGGGAUUCUGGCACAGCCCAAUCACCACCAGUGAACUGGCUCUGACCAAAUUUGCAUUUGCAGUGCAGGAGCCAUGUGCCAGACCCUUCUUUUUCUCCCAGUCCAAAAGCAAAGCAGUUUACCACUAGUUUUCAGUUGGGUUUUUUGUUUGUUUGGUUUUGUUUCUUUUUUAAGUAUUAGUGAGCAUUCCACUCCUCCAUCUCCCCUUACUCCAUGGGAAGACAAAAAUGUGGGGUUUUUUCCUGUUUCUUUUCAAUCUCUGAAUUUACUACCCUCUUUCACCCCUCUUUUCCCUCCCUUCAUGUGUUUCUGUGUGAUGGUGCUACCAAGAGAAAGCAAACCUUUUGCUCUUUGCACCCUCAAUCUUCACUGUGAACACUUUUGGGGGGUUCUUGAAAAUAAGGCACACACGCUGGACCAUCACAACAGACCAAUUUCCUCAGUAGUUCCUAUCUGGCCCUCUGAAUUGUCCACUUUGCUGUGCAAAUUCAACACUGGCCAUUAGAUGGCAAUGGGGCAUGGAAAAGAAGUUUCUCUUGCUUGCUAUCAGAUGACUGCUAUCACCUCAAACGAAUCAAUUCUGAAUUUACUGCAUCCUCUGACCUUGGGCUAUAGAUUCGGGAGACAUUAACAAGGACGCGCCACCAGCCAGGAAGAGUGGGGAGAUUGGAGCACAUUCAGAUUUUCAGACACAGAGGCACCAGACAACUAAUAAAUAGGCUGAACCCAACCCUUCAAACAUGACACCAUAGACAGUACAUGCUGUAAGCUCUACACAGCAAGAGGCAGUCCUAAUUGAUUCAAGGUUUACUGACCAGAAAACAAAAUGUUGUCCUACCAGCCCUUAUC